GUGCGCAAGGCGUGCCUGCCACACUGACUGUCAGGGGAAAGACUCGCUGAGUAGGAAGCAAACAAACACAGAAGAGACAGCAGAGAUUCUGAUGAGCCGGAUCCUUGUACAGCCACAAUCUACAAUCACUUCUCUGCACGCCUUUCCAAGAGACGCUUCGUGAUCUGCAUGGAAGAUCUCAUCUAUGCAGGUCGUGGUAUAGCUAGUAGUAGUUAGUCGCAUUCAACAGGACCUGUCCUGGAUCAUAGUCUGCAGACACAGAAGGAUCACACAACUCUUAACUUGGUUGCAAACGCAUUGACUGACACUCGCUCCCAGCGCAGUACGAUCGCACAACUCUCCACAGUCUACGACUUGAUGAAGUUCACCUUUACGCUGUCCCAAGGAAUGACGUUAUAAAGAACUGACACAGGGUUCAGUUAUCAGAUGGGAACGAGAGGUCACACCAUGGAAAAACAUAAGACUGACCAUGCUGUGUGCUGAGGGUGAUGUGCGGAUUCAGUAGGAAUGCCUUAUAUGGAUCGAUUCCGCCGAACCUGUGGGUUUUUGGACAUUGAAGAUGCACAAUGUGGCAGAUUUCUGCGGAGAUAUUUCAUCCUGGACAAGCAGGCCAACUACCUGGUUUGGUACAUGGAUAACCCACAGAAUCUUCCCCCCAACACAGGACCAGUGGGCUCCUUGAAACUGACGUAUAUCUCAAAAGUUGGCACUGCUGCUGUGAAACAAAAAGCAAAGAUGACAUUUUGUUUUGUUAUCAAUGCCUUAUCUCAGCGGUACAUUCUUCAGGCCAGCGACCAAGAGGAUCUGCAGGGAUGGGUGGAGGCCCUAAAUGCUGCAUCUAAAAUUACUGUACCUCGACCAGGUUGCACUCAAUUGUCUGAGACAGGAUCUACAGGCCCUGCAGAGAAAAAUACACCAGUCCCAUACAAGAUGGAAAUAAUUGGUGGAGUGGUUGUGCAAACACCUCUGAACCAGAACGGAGGUGAGUGUCCCGAUGUCAAGCCAACUGAAUCGGCCCCUCAUAUGUCUCUCCAGCCCACUCAAAGCUACAUACCUGUGAAUAAACAUAUGCCCUCGCACUCUGUUCUGAAGAGCGGCUAUUGCGUCAAGCAAGGAAAUAUGAGGAAAAACUGGAAAAGAAGAUUCUUUGUCUUGGACAUGUUUUCAAUUAGCUACUACAAAUGUGAAAAGGACCGCGAUCCUCUGCGCACUAUACGUCUUAGAGAUAUUUUGAAGACCCAUGAGUGCCUAGUUAAGUCAGGGGAUUUACUUAUGAGGGACAAUCUGUUUGAAGUUAUUACUGCUCCAAGAACAUUCUAUAUACAGACUGACAGCCCGCAAGAGAUGCACAGCUGGAUAAGGGCAAUAAAUACCGCCAUUCAAGCCUACAGAAUGCGCUAUCGGGAGUCCUGUGGGCGUACUAUGUCUCUCAACCGAUCUGUCUCUUUACAAGCCUCUUUUCAUUCUUCACCCUACUGUGAUGAUAAGCGUCCGCUAGGAAAGUCUACAUCUCUGAAAUCUUCAUGGCAGCCUUGGACACCAGUACCCAAACGUGAGCCCGAGCAGCCAGGAGAAAUGGCAGGGGCAGAAUCGAGGGAUGAAGCUGGAAGUCGAGCCAGACACUGGUCUGAACCACAACGACAGACAGAUAGUUCAUUUCCGUUCAGACUAGAGGAAAUGAACAUUCGUUCAUCUGAUGUGUAGCAAGAUGGCUGCAGCACAUAGUUGGACUAUCGUAAAAUUUCGCAAAAUGCCUUGGUACCGGACAAAGAAGAAUUCCUCCCUUGAGGGUAAAAUGGGUUUAAGUUGGCCCUAAAUGGAGACGGGUCCACAUUUGCUGCUUGGCUUCAGCCAACCACCUUUAUUGAACUCUCAUUAUCGGUUAUUUACAUCUGUACAAUAGUAUUUUUUCCAGUACAGAGUGAUCACAGCAGGAAUUUGCAAAAAUACGAAGGAAACUUUUUUUUCUCUCUCUACAGCAGGAAUUUGGUUAUUGUCUUUGGGUACUUAUUUGCCAACAGUGGUUGGUAUUUGGCUGAAUAUACUCGGUAGUGUAAAAAGACAUAUUGGAAGUGGUUGGGGUAUAUGAAGGUGAAUAAUUCCACUGAUUCCACCUGGAAAUUAGAGCAUUUAUGGUGGAACCUACAGGCGGUGCAGUUGCUGCUGCAUGGCAUGAUGGGGUUUGGGUUUCAGCAUUCCCUAGAGCCAUGCUUAGAAAAGGAGGAAUGUCUACUCACAGCAAUAAUAUGUACUGUAUAGUCUCCAAAUGUAAAUACAACACUCCACCUACAAUGGCAUCUUUGCUCUGUUGUAUGCAAAUAUGGAAAAUAUGAAGCCCUAGGUGAUGUGAGUGGAAGCACAAUGCCAAUUGAUAUAGCUUGCUAUAUAGAUACCAUGUUACAGUAUUCAUUUGUUU